AUGUCCCUGCGCCCCUCCCCGCCCCCUCUCUCCCCUUCUCCGCCUCCCCCCUUCCCUUCUUUCCCUUCCCCUAACCGGCACACCCUUCUCCCCCACCCCGACGACCCCCCACUUUUCCCCUCCCACGCCCGCCCCCUCUUUCCCCCCCUUCACCCACACCCCUCUUCCCCCUCACCCCCACCCCACGCCCCCACCUUUCCCCUCCCACGCCCACAACCCCCCUACACACAGAGAACGGGCGGGGCGGGGGGAGGUCGCAACUGGACAAACGGGCGGGGAGGGGGGAGGUCGCAACUGGACAGUGCGGAGCUGGACGUGCUAGAGAAGGCAGUGCGCAUCCUGCACCUGCGCUACCGCUCCUGCCUGCGCCCCCUCACCAAGGGGCGCCUGCCCUCCGUGACUGAGCUGAGGGAGCUGAGAGUGAGCGCUGAGGCGCUGGGAGUGAGAUCUGCCCUGCUGUGCCUCGACAGAAUACCCAAGGGCGACCCCCGCCGCCUCGCCCUCUUUGCCUUCCGCACAUUCGCCCUGCGCGCCGAGCUGGACGCGGAGGCCCUGCGCGACCUGGACGAGCCUCCCCCAGGCAACGCCUGGCCCGUCUCCUCCUACCGUGUCGGCACCCCCCGGCUCCGCGCCCUCCUAGAGGAUAUGGUAGAGGAGGUGGAGAGCCUAUGGAACGCCACCAAUAGGACCCUCUAUGAGGUUGCUAUAGUGCUCGCGCCGGUGCUGGCUCAAUACGCGUUGCUGGGGAAGGCGGUGGGGAUGGCUAUGGAGCAGUACUACGCGCGGCUGACUGUGAGGAAGCACGGGCGGGUGGUUAUGGCGGUGGGAGAUGAGAUUAUCCUGUGGGAUGAUGGGUUGGAAGAUGUUAGGGAGCUGUUUCUGGCUGAGAAGGCAGCGGAUGAGCAGCCGUUGGGGUCGGCUGUUCGGAUCGACAGCAUGAAUGAUUACUCGUGGUUUGUUUCGUGGAAUGGGACGUCUGCAGUGGAUAAUAUCCCGAGUGAAGUUUCAGUGAAGAAACUGCUGCAUUCGAUCGGGGCGCCGACUGCCAGGCUGGCGGGGUUGAGGGCGAAGGAUAAGGGGCUGCUGAUGGGUGUGACUGUACCGGAUGUGAGAAUAGAGGCAGAGAAACGGGUGCUGGCGCAGUUGCAAUGGGUGGUGGACGGUGGAGGGAAGCUGGAGAUUAAAGCCGCUCGGCCGCAGCACCAGGGGAUUAGCAUGGAUGAGCCCGAGCCGGCGCAUGAAAUCCCGUACGAGGAUCUCGUGGAGGCCACCAAGAACUGGGCGGAGGACCUGCAGCUGGGGGAGGGACCUGAACCAGCGCAUGAAAUACCCUAUGAUGACCUCGUGGAAGCAACCAAGAACUGGUCGGACGACCUGCAGCUGGGGGAGGGGAGGGGAGGGGGGCUCUGCGAUUGCAUGGACGAACCUGAACCAGCGCAUGAAAUUCCGUAUGAGGAUCUCGUAGAGGCAACCAAGAACUGGGCGGACGACCUGCAGCUGGGGGAAGGAGGCUCCGCGAUUGUGUAUAAGGGCGUGUCGCCGGAUGGGGAGUUGUGGGCUGUGAAGCGAGGGAAAAAGGGCGGGCUAACACGGCUGCAGGACUACCACAGGGAGAUCGAGGCAGUGUCUAAGAUGCUUCACCCGAACCUGGUGCGCCUGAUGGGGUUCUGCCAUGAGAACGAGGAGCAGGUGUUGGUCUACGAGUAUGUGGCCAAUGGGACGCUCAGACAACAUCUAUCCCCAUUACAAGGUGACACAGAGAAAGGGGUUCUCUCGUUUGAGCAGCGGAUAGAGGCGGCCGUAGGGGUGGCGGAGGCCCUCCUGUAUCUGCAUUCGUGCAAGCCUGUGCUGGUGCAUCGAGACGUGAAGAGCCUCAACGUGUUCAUGGAUGACGAUCUACAGCCAAAACUCGGGGAUUACGGCAACCUCAAGUCGAUAGGAGACGAUGAAAGCGCCACCACACACACCCGCGUGGUGGGCACACCUGGGUAUCUCGACCCGCAGUACUGCCAGACGAGCGUGGUUUCCGUGUGGUCUGAUGUGUACAGUUUCGGGGUGGUCAUGCUGGAGCUCAUCACAGCCAAGCCGCCGGUGCUCAAGGAAGCACUUUCACCACUCUCACCUAUCCUGUUUCUUCCCCCCUCCUCCCUUCACUUCCCCUUCCCUUUCGGGGUGGUCAUGCUGGAGCUCAUCACAGCCAAGCCGCCGGUGCUCAAGGAAGCACUUUCACCACUCUCACCUAUCCUGUUUCUUCCCCCCUCCUCCCUUCACUUCCCCUUCCCGUGUGCCUUUCAGUUUCGGGGUGGUCAUGCUGGAGCUCAUCACAGCCAAGCCGCCGGUGCUCAAGGAAGCACUUUCACCACUCUCACCUAUCCUGUUUCUUCCCCCCUCCUCCCUUCACUUCCCCUUCCCGUGUGCCUUUCAGUUUCGGAGUGUUUCGGAGUGGUCAUGCUGGAGCUCAUCACAGCCAAGCCGCCGGUGCUCAAGGAAGCACUUUCACCACUCUCACCUAUCCUGUUUCUUCCCCCCUCCUCCCUUCACUUCCCCUUCCCUUUCGGGGUGGUCAUGCUGGAGCUCAUCACAGCCAAGCCGCCGGUGCUCAAGGAAGCACUUUCACCACUCUCACCUAUCCUGUUUCUUCCCCCCUCCUCCCUUCACUUCCCCUUCCCGUGUGCCUUUCAGUUUCGGGGUGGUCAUGCUGGAGCUCAUCACAGCCAAGCCGCCGGUGCUCAAGGAAGCAACUAA